UUUGGAUCACUCUCUGUAAAAUCUUUUUUCUCUCAGGUAGUCUACAUCACCAGUGUACACUUCUGCAUCACUAUUGUCAACGCAGUCAAAAGCAACAACAAAAAUGUAUCCUGACCAUUGUGGGGAAAACCAGUAGGAAUUCAUUUUGACCCCACUAUAUAAUACACGCUUUGAGACAUUUUAAAGUUAGUUUGCCUGCACCAAAGUGUAAACAAAAGAAAAAGGUCAUGAAUCCCAACUUCGCACAUCCCUGACGGAAUUAACAAGAACUGGAAAAAUGGUAAUCACUAUUAGUUUCGUUUCGUUUCUCUUACUGUAAGUUUCAUUUCUGACUCCGAGUGAGUGAAGCGAGUGAGGUGAGGUCAGUUUAUCCUCCAGUCUCAGGAAUCAUCUGACGUCAAUCACAGUGCUCUCUGAUGCAGUUAUCCUGAUUUAAGCUGGAAAAGGGAUCGGUCUGAUCUACUUUAGGACAUCAUCAUGGGUUCUCUUUUAUCAAAGGCUGAUAAUAAAGACACUAAAAAAACGUCUACACAUUGUCAGGAAUCAGCACUAAGGAAAAGAAAGAGUAAUGAGUCAUUCCAAGAGACAACUUUAAAAAAACAAAGAAGUGACUUUGCCCCAGAGAGCAGUCAAUUUCAAAUGAAACCAGGCAAUAACAAGGGAAAAGACACUGAACAUGGAGUGAAGGGGCUAGCCCAAUAUGAAGACAAAGAAAGCUGCAAACGGGAAAACAUCAAUCAACUCGUUGGUAGGCUUAAUCUCUUGGGCAAGUUCCACAGCAAACUAAAAUCACACACCUUCCUGCAGGUAUCUGCCCCUUCAUUACAGAGGUAUGAACCUUGUGAGGAGAGGAACAUGGUUCAAACUUAUAUACAAAGACUCCUGAUGACAGAUUACAGAGCAAGAUACAUCCCAGUAAAAGAAAAACCCAGUGAGGUGUUCAACACACAAAGAACCAUGGCGUUAGAUAAAGGAAAGACCGAUGCUUUUGAGAAAAUUUUCAAGAGGUCUGCACCUGAACAAACAAAUGAACAGAGUAGAAUCCAGCCCAUUCACCCAAUGGACAUUCAGAUGAUAGUGUACCUCUAUGCAGAUCAUUUCCUACGUCAGCUCAUGGUAACAAAACUCUCACAGUGCCAAUAUGCUCUUCCUCUGCUUGUGCCCAAUCCAUUCACCCAAGAGAUUGAAUUUCCCCUGUGGACCUUCCGACAAAUCAAGAAAAGUUGGAAGUCACACAAAAGAAACAUUAGCAAAAACCAGACAAUCCCCCAGGCUGGGACACCUAUGGUUGCAUUUUUUAGGUUUUCUGAAGUUUCUGCAUCCAAAUCUGAAUUAAUGAACAAUCUGCUCAAUGAACGGCAUAACACAUUCUUUCACAGAAACUGUUGUGGAAGCAGCAAAUCCCGCCUGCUGAUGGAUGGAGUGGUUGAGAUCGCCUGGUACUGUCCGUCGGGAGAUAAAAACGAUAAAUUCACAGACUGUGUUGCAUUCUGUAAUCUUCAUGGUGAUGCUCAAUCUCAUGAGACACAGCUAAAAAUUCUGACUAAAGACUCUUCAAUAAAUGUAGUGCUUUUGCCAAAUCUUGAUAAGAGUGACAAAAGUAUGGCAAUGGUGGAAACGCUCUACAGCAGCACAAAGCCUCUCAUUUGCCUUCUGACUGAAGAUGACUCAGGUGUUAAAAAGCUACAGGAAGGCAAAUAUACAAUUGGCCUGAAACAAAGAAAUAAAUCUGAUGUAUCUGAGGAUGUCAGAAGAGCCAUCAAAGACUGCCUCUCAAAACCACUGUCAGUUUUUAAACUUAUGAAUAUUGGCAAACACACAGGAAUCAAAGUAGACGAGAAUGACGAUGACUGCAGGGGAGGAAAGAAGACAGCAGAGUGGAUGAUAAGACUGCUGGAGGGGAAGGAACUGUUCAACAUCAAAGAAACAUUUCUGCCUUGUCAGGGAAAACUGUGGCACGACUGGUGUCUGAAGAACAAAGAACUACAUCGACCUCAAGGGGAUAACAUCGAAAUGCACAAUAGCCAAAAACAAACAGAAAUGCACAAGAUCCGGGAGCAGCAGAAAGCAUCUGGCGUCAGUAAUUUCAUGAAGUUGUUUAUUGAUCAAAUUUAUUCCAGAAACGUUGACGAGAAGACGUAUUUCCUUAAAUGGCUUGGGAUCCUUCUGGAUGAGUACACUUCAGAAGACCUCUCCGUUCUUCAUCACACAUAUGAUGAAAAAUGGUCAAAAGUGCUGGAUUUGAAAAAGAAACACAAUAAAUCUGAACAUCUCGCGGUAGAACAGUCACAACUAGAGAUGCUCUCUGAGAAACUGAAUGCAGCAACAUUUGGCUUGGAGCAUAUCCUUCGUGAAAUCGGGCAGAUAUAUGAAUCAGAUGUAUGUGUUAAGAAAAAUACAGGAUCUAGAUGUAAAAUAGACGUCAGGUCUCUCCCACGGAUUGUAGCAGAGCUCAUGAUCUCUGGAUACCCACUGGAGCUGAUGGAUGGUGAUGCAGCUCAUGUGCCUCUGAUUUGGGUUCAAGCAGUUUUAGGGGAACUUAUCAAAAUCCUGGGAGACCAGAGAGUCUUCGUGUUGUCUGUUUUAGGGAUUCAGAGCACUGGGAAAUCCACCAUGCUGAAUGCCAUGUUUGGACUGCAGUUUGCAGUCAGCGCUGGAAGGUGCACCAGAGGAGCCUUCAUGCAGCUGGUCAAGGUGUCUGAAGAACUAAGAAAACAGUUCGACUACAUUCUUGUCGUAGAUACUGAGGGUCUUCGAGCUCUGGAGUUGGCUGGCAGGUCAACAAGAAAUCAUGAUAAUGAAAUGGCAACGUUUGUUGUUGGUCUCGGAAACAUGACUCUGAUCAAUAUCUUUGGUGAGAAUCCAGCUGAGAUGCAGGACAUCCUUCAGAUUGUUGUUCAAGCCUUCCUGAGGAUGAAGAAGGUACGCCUGAACCCCAGCUGCAUGUUUGUGCAUCAGAAUGUUGGAGACAUCACAGCAGGUGAGAAGAACAUGGUAGGGAAAAGGCGCUUGCAGGAGAAACUAGAUGAAAUGACUCAACUAGCUGCUAAAGAAGAAGUCUGUGAUGCAGAAUGUUUCAGUGAUGUCAUCAAAUUUGAUAUAAAGACUGAUGUGAGGUAUUUUGCGCAGCUCUGGGAAGGCAGCCCACCCAUGGCACCACCCAAUCCAUGCUACAGUGAAAAUGUGCAGGAGCUUAAGAGCACCAUUCUGUCCCAUGCCUCACAAUGUAGUGGUGUAACACUGACACAAUUCAGAGAUCGUAUUGGAGACCUCUGGAACGCUCUUCUGAAUGAAAACUUUGUUUUCAGCUUCAAGAAUACUUUGGAAAUUGUCACAUACAGGAAACUGGAGGAGGAGUAUGCGAAGUGGACCUGGAGUCUCAGAAGUGCCAUGUUGGAGACUGAAGACAAAUUGCACAACAGAAUCAACAACAGACAACUGCAAAAAGUUGAAAUUAGAGAACUGGAAGAGGUGAUGGCAAAGACUUUUGAAGAGGUGAAAAGCUCCAUGAAACAUUACUUCGAAGAACACAAAGAAAAGGAAAUGCUGAUCCAGUGGAAACUGAAAUUCCAGGAGAAAAUCAAGCACCUUCAUGGGGAGCUUGUGAGAGAUGCAAAGAGGAAGCUGGAGAACAUAAUCUCUCAAAAGGAAGCUCUCACCAAACUGGAUGGAAAGAAAACACUGCAUGAAAGAAGACUCCUAGAGAAGAGUAAAGAGCUUGCAUUCAGUCUUAAGCACACUGCUCUGGAUGAGAAUGAGUUGAGAAGACUAUUUGAAUCAGUUUGGGAAAAGUGGGUCUCUGAGCUGACAGCAGAUGUUCCACCUUUUAAAGAAAUCAACAUAGAAAAUGAUGUAAUUACAAUCUUAAAUGAAAUGCAUGAAGCAGCACUUGUGCGAAGCAGAUUUAAUAAGUUUGGAAACAUCUUUCAAGUGUCUGAUUUUAUCAUGUAUGUAAAUCCCAUCAAAAAAGCUGGCAGAAAUCCCAAUGUUACUUCCCUGUUACCCCUAGAAGAGCAAGAGUCAAUAAAACAACUGAUGCACAAUGUCCUUCGUCAAACCGAGUAUCGGGUGAAGUCUAAAUCAGUUUCAAAGACUGGUUAUAAUUCAAGUUAUAUACAGGAAAUUGCACAACUUGUAAAAGAUUCCGUUGGAGGGCACAAGUGCAUGUACACAAAAUAUGAGUUCAAAAAAGAGUUCAUUGUUGAUUUGACACUUUAUAUGUGCCAACAGGCAGGUAUCAGGUUUGCAGAACUUCAUCAGGUUUUCAGAGAGGCUAAUGAUCCCUGGAUUUAUUUAGAAAAGAAGAAACCAGAAUACUACAGCGUCUUCCAGGGAUUCUGCAAAGGUGCAACAUCUGCUGCCGUAUUUGGCGCCUUGAUAUGUAGUGAGCUGAAAAUACCCAUUCUCCAGAGUGUCUACAACAAGACUGCAAACGAUCUAGCAGGAGAGAUGCGGACCAAUAUUCCAGCUUUCAAAGGCAACAGGUCAAACCUAGAGAAACACAUUCUGAAAACACUAGCAGAGGAGGAGGACUUUUACAAAUUUAUAGAGUACAUUAAUUAUCCUCGGGACCACUUUGAAGAUUUUAUCCAACGUGAAGUAAAAGCAUACAUAACAGAGGGUAACUCCUCAUCUGUUGCAAUGAUUAAAGGGAACAUCAGACACAAGGAGCAAUGUGUCAUCACGGCUGCUGAAACUGCAACAGCUGAAGUCUUGAGUAAUGGUGGAGAUGCCAAUAUGUGGCUGGAGAUCUUCUCAGACUGUCUGAAAGACGAGCUUGAAUACAGUAAAGAACAUCUCACUGGCAACUGCUGUCAGGACAUUACUGACUUUGAACUUUUAGAGAAGGUUGUAAAGAAAGAACUUCACCCCAUAAUAGCAGAGUUGAACAGAACCUUAACAAAAACCUCUGAUAUUGAAAUGAAAAUGUUCAGGGAACAGCCAGACGAGGUUUUGAUUGAACAUUUCUGCCAAUGCUGCUGGGAACAGUGUCCCUUCUGUAAAGCCAUAUGUAUUAACACAAUGGAGGACCAUCCUGGAGAUCAUAUUGUCCCCUUCCAUCGUAACUGUGGGAUGAAUGGGAUGUUUUAUAAAGGUACAACCAAUCUAAGUUUGAGUUUUUGCACAUCUGCAGUGGCAAGUGAUCGUCACUUUUACCCUUCCACUAACCCAGACAGGACAGUACCAUGGAAAUAUUACAAAACAGCUGGUCCUAAGUAUGCAAACUGGUCCAUCACACCUGAUUUCUCAGAGCUGCCAUACUGGAAGUGGUUUGUAUGUCGAUUCCAGUCAGAUCUGGAGAAGUACUAUAACAAAACUUUCAAAGGAUCUGGUGAGAUUCCACAUUCAUGGAGAUCCUACACAAAAGAGGAUGCUAUUGAGAGUUUGGAUAAAUACCUGUAAUUCACAAUUUGGAGUAAAACUUGCAUAUUUCCUGCAUAAAUCAAAUAUAGGUAAUUAUGAAUUUACUGUUCUAUUUGUAAAUUUUUAAUGAUGGAGAGUACUUUAUAUGACAUGUAACGCUUACUUUUCAUACAGAUUGAUUAUAAGGCACUUAGCCAAAAUGCCCUUAAAAGGUUUUGUGUUGCAAUAAAGAGCGUUUUAAUAAAAUUCUGCCAGAUUUUAAAAUAAUUUAAACAUGAAAAUGAUCAUUGUAACUUUUUUCCUUCAAUACACAUAGCCUUUUUUUUUCCUGCUUCUAAUAAAAUAAAUACAAAUAUGAUUGCC